AUUGCUGUUCUUUAAGUUAAGUGACCUGACCUCUUUUUCAGCGGCCAUUGACGGAGCCUCGUGGGGAAAUAAGAUCCCACUUUUGACAGAAUAAUUCAUCAUGAAUCCAGAUAAAUUAAAAGCUUUGCAAGAUCAAGUACGCAUUGGUGGAAAGGGUUCUGCUCGGAGGAAGAAGAAGGUUAUUCACAGAACAGCUACCACAGACGACAAAAAGUUGCAGAGCUCUUUGAAAAAACUAGCUGUAAAUACUAUUCCAGGAAUCGAAGAGGUAAAUAUGAUCAAGGAAGAUGGUUCUGUCAUCCAUUUUAACAAUCCAAAAGUGCAAGCAUCUUUAGCAGCAAACACAUUUGCAGUUACAGGCCACGCAGAAAACAAACAAAUUGCAGAGUUACUGCCAGGAAUUUUGAAUCAACUUGGUGCUGAGAGUUUAAGCAGUCUUAAGAAAUUAGCGUCAACAGUGGCAAGCGGGAUGUCAAGUGCAGGUGAUACUAAUAAAACAUCUACAGCAGAGAUAGACGACGAUGAUGAAGUACCAGAUCUUGUUGAAAAUUUUGAUGAACCUUCAAAGGGCGAAGGAGUCUGAGUAGCUCUUGAGACUGUUUAAUAAUUAAAAACUUGUGUGAUUCUGUGUCUGUCAACAUCUGGGAAACUCGUUUGCAAAUUGUUAACUGCCACCUGAAUGUUUCUUUUUAUUCAAUCGCAUGUAUUUAAGAACUUGUAUAAGCGUUACAGGCCACUGAAACUCAUGUGAUAGCAUUACGCAUCCUACAUUGUGUUACCAUUGUAUGCAUGUGUUCCAGUGGCAUUUCUAAGGAAAUAAACCAAAAUAAUAUUCUUAAAA